AUGCCAACAAAGCAAUGUGUAAGAAACCAAUGGGAUAAGGCUGCCUACAACUUAAAAGUCUUCCAAGUAGCGUCUCCCAACUCAAGUCCCUUAGAUGUGUUACUCUCUCGCUGCAAAAAUCUUGAGAAGUUUCCAGAAAUUUCAGUAGCUAUGAAGCAGCCUUCAGAGCUUUAUAUGGAUGAGACUGCAAUUGAAGAAUUGCCGACGUCGAUAAAACAUCUUCCGGGGCUCGAAACUUUGAGCCUAAAAGGAUGCUCGAAGCUUAAAAUACUGCCAUGCAAUGGGACCGCAAUUAUGGAACUACCCUCGUCAAUUGAUCUUUCCGGGCUGAGUACUUUGAAGCUAAAUGGUUGUCUUGGGCUUCAAGGUCUUCCAAGCAGCAUCUGCCAACUCAAGUCUCUUAGAGAUGUUUCUCUUUCUGGCUGCUCAAGUUUUGAGAAGUUUCCUGAGAUUUCAAAAGUUACAGAAGGAAGGCAAUCUUUGAACCUAGAAGGUUGCCGAGGCCUUAAAAGUCUUCCAUGCAGCAUCUGGGAACUCAAGUGCCUUAGAGAUGUCAAUCUUUCUCGUUGCUCAAAUUUUCAGAAGUUUCCAGAGAUUUCAAUGGUUGUGAAGGGGUUAUCGAGUCUUUGUUUGGAUGAGACUGCAAUUGAAGAAUUGCCUUCGUCGAUAAAACAUCUUACUGGGCUGAGUACUUUGAAUCUCAGAGUUUCCAGAGAUAUCAGAAGCUACGAAGGUGCUUACGUACCUUCUUUAGAUAGGACUGCAAUAAGAGAACUGGCGUCGUCAAUUGAAAAUCUUAGGUCUGUUUCUUUGAACCUUAAGGACUGCAGAGAACUUAAGAGUCUUCUAAGCAGCAUAUGUCAACUCAAGUCCCUCAAAUAUGGCACUCUUUCUGGUUGUCCAAAGCUUGAGGUGCUUCCAAUUUCCAAGUAUUCAGAAGUUAUGAAGGAGAGCAAUCAGUGCUCCACCAAAUAUGUGACUGCAACUAAGUUUGGUCAGUUGGUUGUUGCUUCAGAUCUGAUUUUCUAUCAACCUGUUGAUGGAGUUGUGGUUGAUGGAGUUAAUGUGUUGUUGAUACCUUUGGGGCUGGAUUGUCUAUUUCUGGGAAAGUUUGGCUGUAGCUGCUUACGGGGCUAUGGAGAUGGGUUAUUGUAG